UUAAUCAUUCGGUCAUCCAUCACAACAUCUCACCGCCCAAAUAAACUGAAUUGAAAAGGAAAGAAAACUCAAAUUAGAGAAAAAAAAUCAAAGGAGAGGAAAAGGAAGAUGGGAGUGGUGGUGGAGGAAGCUUAUCUCUACGAAGAAGAGAAGCAUCUCACAGUUUGCAAGACCUCACUCUUCUUCUCCGGCGACGGCUUCGCCGUCUACGACUGCAACGGCGAACUCAUCUUCCGAGUCGACUCGUACGGACCCGAACCCAGAGAGAAGGAUGAGAUUGUCCUCAUGGACGCCACGGGAAAGUGUCUCCUCACCGUCAGGAGAAAGAGGCCGACACUUCACCAGAGAUGGGAAGGAUUUCUCGGGGAGAGAUCGGACGGUCAGAAGCCGAUGUUCAGCGUCAGAAGAUCGUCGAUAAUCGGACGGUGCACAAUGACUGUGGAGAUCUACGACGGACCCGGCGAAGAGUACGUAAUCGACGGCGACUUCUCGCAACGAAACUGCGUUAUGUACGACACUGAGAAGCGUCCAGUUGCUGAGAUCAAACGCAAAGUGGACGCGUCCACAAACGUGGUUCUCGGACGCGACGUGUUCUCUCUCACCGUGAAACCCGGUUUCGACGGUGCGUUUGCGAUGGGGUUGGUUCUCGUGCUUGAUCAGAUCAACGGUGAUGAUUCAGUUGAGGAUGAUUUGGAACAGGUGCACCCCGUGGCGGACGAUUAAUGCCCAUUAAUACAGAACUGUCUGUUUCGUUCGAGUUUACGGUCAAAUCUCAUGCUCAGUUUUAGAUCUUGCCAAAUAUGAAGAAAAAAAAACAACAAAAAUGGAAAGAUUUCGUACAAUCUUAUAUGGUUGUCUGCAUGUAUACAUUGAUACACACACAUAUAUAUAUAUAUAUAUAUAUAUAUAUAGUGGUUGAGUUCCU